GGUUGGUGCGUGGGGGGUGGAUUGAUGUGAAAAUAUCGGGAUUUGAUAGCCGAGGGGUCGCGCCAUCUCAGUCACACGACGACAAUCAUGGUGGAUAGUGCUAACGGCCUGGACACCAAGUCGGCUCUGCAGGCCCUCGCCUCGUCGGGCGGCCUGGGCAUGAUCGCGGGUGCCGGGGGCUCCCACCUCGCGGCCGCGGCAGCCGCCAACCACGGCAUGAAGCUGGAGGCCGUCAUGGAGAACCUCCAGCGGCAGCAGCAGGCGCGACUCGAGAUGGAGGAGCGCGAGCGCGAGCGCCUGCGCGACAGGGACAUCCGCGAAGCGCAGCAGCAGCAGCAGCAGCAGCAGCAGCAGCACCUCUACCAGCAGCAGCAGCAGCAGCAGUACGCCGUGCUGCGCGCCGCCGCGCUCAGCGCGGCCGCCGCGGCCGUCGCGUCCGGCGGCGCCGGAGGCUCGAGGUCCGGGAGCGCCGUCCCUCGGCAUCGCCCGCGCGCCGACGGCGACGGCGACGGCGACAGCGACGCCGAUUCGGUGCCGGGCGCGCCGUCCGAGUUCUCGGGGUACGAGCGCUACCACCCGCUGCGGCACGGGCACCCGGGCCGGCGCGUGGCCAGCGACUACGACGAGGAGGACGAGGACCCGGAGGAGGACGCGGACGAGGACGCGGAGGACGACGAGGAGGACCCGGGGGACGACGAGGGGGAGGACGACGGGGACGACGCGAUGGAGGAGGGCGACUACGAGCGACGCUCGCCGGGCGGGCCCGGCCCCGCCGCGGGGCCGCCCUCGUCCAAGCCGCCGGCGGCGGCGGCUGGGCUGGCGCUGCACCUGGCCGGCGGGGGGCUCGGCGGGUCGGGGGCCGCGGCCGGCGGGUCGGUGGCGCGGCACUUGGCGUUCGAGGCCGGCGGCGGCGGGCAGCCUCUGUCGCCCGGAGCCGAGGGGCCCCAGCCGUCGCAGGCCCAAGACUGGACCUACGAGGAGCAGUUCAAGCAGCCCCUUCGCGUUAAAUCCUUUGGAUCCGCUCAUUUUGCCACGAUUCAGAAGCUGUACGAGCUGGACGAUGACCCCAAGAGGAAGGAGUUCCUGGACGACCUCUUCAGCUUCAUGCAGAAACGAGGGACCCCCGUGAACCGCAUCCCCAUCAUGGCUAAGCAGGUGCUGGACCUGCACACGCUCUACAAGCUGGUGACGGAGAAGGGCGGGCUCGUGGAGGUGAUCAACAAGAAGAUCUGGAGGGAGAUCACGAAGGGGCUGAACCUGCCCACGUCCAUCACCAGCGCCGCCUUCACCCUGCGCACACAGUACAUGAAAUACCUGUACCCCUACGAGUGCGAGAAGAAGGGGCUCAGCUCCCCGGCCGAGCUGCAGGCCGCCAUCGACAGCAACCGCAGGGAGGGACGGCGCCCGAGCUUCGGCUCCCCGCUCUACAGCUACACGCCGCCGGGCCCCUCCAACCUGCUGCCCUCUCCCAAGAUGCACCUCUCCAGCCUGGGCAUCCCCGGACUCACCAACGGCACGCACAUGCCGUCCGGCCAGUCCAUCAAGAAAGAGGACGACAUGGGCAUGUCCGGCCACCGCCUCUCACUGCCCGUGCCUCUGGCGGCGGCCGCGGCGGCGGCGGCUGCGGCCAACCAGCACGCGGCGGCUGCGGCGGCUGCACAGGUGCAGGCCCAAGUUCAGGCUCAAGUGCAGGCGCAGCGCGCGUUCACUCUUCAGGUGCAGGCCCACGCCCAGGCACAGGCCCUGGAGCAGCUGCGCGAGAAGCUCGAGUCCGGGGAGCCGCCCGAAAAGAAAAUGGCCGCCCACGUCGCCAUGGCGAUGGCGGCCGAGGAGCAGCAGCGCAUAAUGCAGCAGGUGCUGCAGCAAAACCUCAUCGCCAUGGCAGCGCAGAUCCCCAUGAGCAUCAAGAUCAACAGCCGCGAUGAGGGUCUCUCCACGCCGUGCGUCCCGUGGGGGUUAUUUGACCACACUUCACCAUGCUGCUCAGUACCAAAUACAAAAGAGAGGCAGGAGAUGGCUCUGAACUUGUCGACCAAUGGCACGAGCAGCAUCAACAUGUCCAUCGAGAUCAAUGGAAUUCUCUACACAGGAGUGCUGUUCGCCCGUCGCCCACAAAUGCCGGUGGUGCCACCCUCCGUGGUCCCGAGCACCAGCGGCGUCGCCGGCGGAGGUGGCGGCAGCGCCAGCAGCAGCAGCAGCAGCCACAGCGGCACCGGCACUGGCACCGGCGGCGCCGGCGGCAACACCAACAACAACAACAACAGCGGCGGCGGUGGCGGCGGCAGCAGCAGCAGCAGCAGUAGCGGUGGCGCCGCCGCGUCGGUAACGGCAGCACGAGACGUGCCGUCCAGCCCCGGCCCGUCGGCCCCCGGGCUGGCGCUGGCGGCCCACCCCCUGGCGCUGGCGCACGCGCACGCCCUGCUCGCCAAGGGCCUCCCCGCGCCCUCGCAGAGGGGGGGGGGCGGCCCCCCUUCGCCGCCGUGAACGAGCAGCGAGCGAGCACGGCUCCCACCCGCU